AUGGCCGGGGAGUCGAAGGCGAGCGCGACCUUGGAUGCCGGCACUGCAGAGGAGCGGCCGGGGCUGCUGACGGGCAUCCUGACCGUGAAGGUGGAGGAGGAGGAGGAGGACGUCCCCACGGCCGCGCCCGGCAGCCCGGCCCCCGGCCCCGAGCGCUCGCGCCGGCGCUUCCGGGGCUUCCGCUACCCUGAGGCCGAGGGGCCCCGCGAGGCGCUGCGCCGGCUCCGCGAGCUGUGCCGCCAGUGGCUGAGCCCAGAAACACACACCAAGGAGCAGAUCCUGGAGCUGCUGGUGCUGGAGCAGUUCCUGACCAUCCUGCCCGCCGAGCUCCAGGCCUGGGUGCGGGGACAGCACCCGGAGAGCGGGGACGAGGUGGUGGUGCUCCUGGAGCACCUGCAGAGACAGCUGGAGGCGCCGACACCGCAGGUCCCAGGUGGUGACCAGGGCCAAGAGCUUGUCUGUUGCGAGAUGGCAGCACUGGCACCUUCCCGCGGAUCACGGAGUGCCCAGUUCCAGCCGGUGAGGGCUCUGCUCAAGCAUGAAUCUCUGGGAUCACGGGCCUUACCGGGCACAGUUCUCCAGGGUCCUGGGCUUGCCCCGGGAGGGCGCUGCAGAGGAGACGCAGUGGUGGCGGCCAGGCUGCCGCCAGAGCCCCAGGGCUUGCUGAAAACGGAAGACGUGGCCCUGGCUUUCUCCUCUGGCUGGGCGCAGCUGGAUUCCUCUCGGGGGAGCUUCCACGGAGAUGAAGGGCGGGAGAACCCCGGCGGCCUGACCUCCCCGGGUGGUGAAACAGAGGCCGAGAUCCGGGCCCUGCCUGUGGACGAGGUCCGGCCAGUACAAGAGUCUGGGGGAAUACCACGCCCCCUGCGUGAAGACACUGCCCAGAUUCCUGAAGGCACUGAAGCUGGCGAACAGGAGGGCAGGUUCCCGAGAAAGCAGAAAACUGCCACAGGAAGUAGGCGGCACUAUUGUCAUGAAUGUGGAAAGAGUUUUGCUCAGAGUUCAGGCCUGACUAAACACAGGAGAAUCCACACCGGGGAGAAACCCUAUGAAUGUGAAGACUGUGGCAAGACCUUCAUCGGGAGCUCUGCCCUCGUCAUCCAUCAGAGAGUCCACACUGGGGAGAAACCCUAUGAGUGUGAGGAAUGUGGCAAGGUGUUCAGUCACAGCUCAAACCUCAUCAAACACCAGAGAACCCACACUGGGGAGAAGCCCUACGAGUGUGAGGAGUGUGGGAAAACCUUCAGCCAGAGUUGCAGCCUCCUUGAACAUCACAAAAUCCACACAGGGGAGAAGCCGUACCAGUGCAACAUGUGUGGCAAAGCUUUUAGGCGGAAUUCACAUCUCCUCAGACACCAGAGGAUCCACGGCGAUAAAAAUGUGCAGGAUCGUGAAUGUGCAGACACCUGGGAGAGUCAGGGGAGGGUGGAAAGCCGGUGGGAAAACGUUGAGGCUCCCGCGUCUUACACAUGUAACGAGUGUGACAGGAGUUUCACCCGGAGUAGAAGCCUUAUCGAACAUCAGAAAAUCCACACUGGUGAGAAACCCUAUCAGUGUGACACAUGUGGGAAAGGCUUCACCCGAACUUCAUACCUUGUUCAACACCGGAGGAGCCAUGUUGGAAAGAAAGUUCUAUCACGGUGAGCCACGUCGUACAUGCCAGAGGUGUUCAUUCCUCACAGAACUGGGCUGAGGCUUUACUGACCGCUACAUGCCAUCUUGUGUUAGAAGGCCGAGUCUGGAGGGAUGCAUUGUCUUCUACAUUCUAGAAGGUGGCUGGGAAACAGCUUGUUUGAUAGGAGGCUCUGGGAGAAUUGUCUGGCAGAGGUAGGACAUGAAAUGAUUGUUCUCACCUACUGGACUGAAAUGGGCCUCCAGACUGGCUAACCACCUCCAGCCAGCACUUGAUGACGUCUCCUGGCGAGAUGGCUCUGAUGUGGGGGCUGCUGCUCUGACCAUUUUGCCUAUAACGAAUGUUUCACCAGUUGGUCAGAUCUGUGCCAUAUUAUACUCCCCACUGUGCCUUGUGUGUAGGUGCUAUAAACGUUUAUUUAAGAAGUGACCUCCGUAACUCUGAAAAUCUGAUGUGGUCUAGAUUUCUGAGGACUUUCUAAGGCUAUUUGUGUUUGUGUCUAAUUCUCUGAGGUUCUAGUUUCUGGGUCAGUCUAAUGUAUUUAUUACCAAAUACAUAGGGUUGUCAGAUUUGGGGUGGGAGAAUCCAUAUUUCUUCACCAGCAUAGUACUUGUAAGAAUGCCUUAAGCAGCUUCUAAUUAGAUUUGUGAGAUUGCUCCAUCCAUGUAACUCCAUUCUUUGGUCCGUAUUAUAUUUGUUCACAUUAAUUUUGCUCCUUUUAUGGGAUAAACCUUUCACGUUCUGGUAAAUAAAUGAAUUGAUCAAGUCA